GUUCGUUUGGCGGAGGAGAGUGGUACGCCUCCUGCUUGUCUUAACACCGGGGAAAAAGAGAGGUCCAUGCGCUUUGAUUCGCCGACGGAUUGAUCUAUUUCAAUAAGGGGAAAAAAGUUCUCUUUUUUUAUUAUUAUUAUUUUCGAACGCCAGGUGAUAAAUUAAUCUGAAAUUUUGGAUGACUCUAUGACUGCUCAUGAAGUGUUAUAAAAUGUGAUAAGUUUUUUCUUCAAGAUGAUAGUUUUUAUUAUAAACUGGAUUUAAUUUGUGCUGAAUUAAUGAAUGUAUGGUUCGGAACAUGGAUUGAUUCGAUUAUAACUGCGUUUUUCUGGUAGUGCUUUUUUCCAGCCAGCAAUGUGAUGUGAGGUUCCGCUGCUCGUGCCUAACCGUGACCAUGGGCCGCUGAUGUGCAACCGGAAACGACCCGGAAGGAAAAUCGGCCCCAAACAGCUCGAGUCGUCUGGUCGGGCCUAAUCUCCACUAUGUUACAACAGAGGUGGCAUUACUCCUUCCCCAGGAACAGACUUAGUGAAUCCACCAUAACGAUGAACAUGUUUGCUAUAGUGGUGGGUCUUCUGAUGUGUUCGACUAUGUGCUCUGCCUACAUUAACUUGGAGGAAUGCCAGGGAGCCUUAGGCAUGGAAUCUGGUGCUAUCAAAAACGAAGACAUCAACGCAAGUUCUUCGUACAUAUUAGCAAGUGUGGGACCACAAAACGCUAGAUUAAACAAAGACGUGAAUGGGGGCGCUUGGUGUCCAAAGCCUCAGAUAUCGAAGGAAGUGGUAGAAUAUCUAGAGAUUUCCUUACCUUCCUUGCACGUGAUUACGGCGGUUGCCACACAGGGACGAUUUGGAAAUGGCCAGGGUCUCGAGUUUGCUGAAGAUUACAUGCUGGAAUACUGGAGACCAGGUCUUCCCAGGUUCCUGCGGUACAAGGAUGCCAUGGGACAAGAGACAUUGAAAGGCAACACGAAUACAUACACUGUGGUUAAGAGAAAAUUGAACCCCGUCGUCAUUGCUACGAAAAUUCGAUUCAUCCCAUUCAGCGUUCAUCUCCGUACUGUGUGUAUGAGGGUCGAAGUAUAUGGAUGCCCAUGGAAAGAUGGUUUGCUGUCCUAUUCCAUGCCUCAAGGUGAGAGGAGGGGCGUCGAGGUUGAUCUUUCCGACCGAACUUACGACGGCAUCAAAGACGACAGCUACUUGCAUGGUGGGCUCGGACAACUAACCGACGGCGUGGUCGGGGAGGAUAACUUCAAGCAGGACGUGUCCGGCAUGGGAAGAGGUUACGAAUGGGUUGGAUGGAAGAAUGACUCCUCUUAUUCCAGAUCAGUCGAAAUUAUUUUCGAGUUCGAUCAAGUUCGAAAUUUUACUGCCGCCUACUUCUACUGUAAUAAUAUGCAUACGAAAGAAGUUCAGGUGUUCUCUUCAGCCAAAAUUUGGUUCAGCAUUGGAGGGAAGCAUUUCAAUGAACCACCGGUCAACUUCUCCUAUAUGCCGGAUCCUUUCUUCGAGAAUGGCAGAAAUGUCACAAUACACCUCUAUCAGAGGGUCGGAAAAUUUGUCAAGGUGGAGCUAGCUUUCGCGUCGAAGUGGAUGUUGAUCAGUGAGGUGGCUUUUAAUUCAGUCCCUGCUGUUGGUAAUUUCACUGAAGAAGAUCCACCGGCAGCUCCACCUAUCGUGAGUACUGCCAUGAGUGAGGACACCUUGACAAAUCAAUAUGUCGGAUUGGUGAUUGGAGUUCUGGCAGCAGUAAUUUUGUUGCUCAUCAUAGUCAUAUUCAUCAUUAUUGCCAGAAAUAAACGACGAAAACAUACAACUCCACACACAAUUCUCAAACCAGUGGACAACAGGGUCACAAUCAACAUGAAGGAUUUGGGUUUAAGCUAUUCCCCGUGCUCUCCUCUCGCUUGCCAGUCCAAUAGAGCUAUUUAUGGUCAUCAAGUGAUGCUGGACGACUCGGAUCCAGAUAAGCUGCUGUAUCAAGAACCUCAGGAUUUUAAAAUACCUUAUCCUGGAACGUAUAGCAACGAAUCCACCACCUCCAGAGAAUAUGCUGUACCAGACGUCACCAAGAGCAAUACGCCUACCCCAGUGGUCCCCUCUCAUCCCCCACCGACCCCCCUGAACAAACCCUCAUUCCCUCAGACGCUGCCAAAACCCCUGCAGAAGCCCCCGUCCGAGAGGUACUACGCGGCCACCGAUGUGGUUAAGAUGCCAAACAUCCAGGGUGUCAGCGGAAACACAGUGUACGCAGUGCCCAACGUCGAUCUCUUGAGCCGUGAUGACAGUUCAGUUAGAGAGAUACCCCGCCACAGACUGCACUACAUUGAGAAACUCGGAGAAGGACAAUUUGGAGAAGUCCACCUCUGUGAGGCAGAAGGCAUACCCGAGCUCAUUGAUGUGCCAUGCCUCGGAAGUAAGAAACUGGUCGCUGUCAAAACCCUGCGGAAAACAGCUUCUGAGCAAGCCAGGUCAGACUUCUACAAAGAAGUCAAGAUACUGUCCAGACUUCGAGACCCCAACAUUGUGCAUGUAUUGGGUGUGUGCACGAAAGACGAACCUCUGUGUAUGAUUGUGGAAUAUAUGGAAAACGGUGACCUCAACCAGUUUUUGCAGCAACAUGUGCCUGAAAACACAUUGACCUCACCUUUCAAGCCACCUGCGAGUAAAGUGCUCAGCCAUGGCAGCCUGAUCUAUAUGGCAACUCAGAUAGCUUCCGGCAUGAAAUACCUGGAGUCCCUGAAUUUUGUGCACCGGGACUUGGCGACUCGAAACUGUCUGGUGGGCAAGGGCUAUACGAUCAAAAUAGCCGACUUCGGCAUGAGCCGAGACCUGUACUCGGAAGACUACUACAGAAUAGAAGGCCGUGCCAUGUUGCCAAUUAGGUGGAUGGCAUGGGAAAGCAUUCUUCUGGGCAAAUUUACCACCAAGAGUGACGUCUGGGCAUUCGCAGUGACCAUGUGGGAGAUUCUGACCUUCGCCAGACAUCAACCAUAUGCAGAUAUGGUGGACGACAAAGUCAUAGAAAAUGUCAGUCACUUCUAUCACAACGACGGCCACCAAAUCUAUCUCCCCCAGCCACCGGGAUGCCCCAAAGAAAUCUAUGAUCUCAUGAAAGAAUGCUGGCAAAGAAACGAACACGACAGGCCCAACUUCAGAGAAAUCCACCUUUUCUUGCAGAGGAAAAACCUCGGUUACGCCCCCAAUGUGUGAAAAUUAAUUCCAUUGGUAGGUCGUCCUCCGUCUCUAAACACGCCGUCUGCUACAGCAAGACAACUAUUUAUUUUCAGACUACGAUUACGAUUAGGCAAUCCGUCAUCGAAUUGUUUUCUGCUGGCGACAACCAAGUGACUGGAAAAUUGUGUCUCCGACGAUUCCUGAUUGGCAUCAGUGUUGUAUUUUUAUUUUAGGAUCGGUAUUGGACAGCCAUGAACAAUUCCAAUGCGUAGGGUAUAGUAGAGUAUUAAACGAUGAAAGGUCAGCUAUAGAGAAAUGGAUGCUGAAGCUAAAAAUCAAAUUGUUAUCUUAAUUAAUCUUUAAAUAUCUUUCAAGAAUUAUCAAUGUGCAUGGAUUAAAUGUGUGUAUUUUAUUCUAAUUAUUCAAGGAUUGUUUUAUUUUUAAGCAUGUCACUUUUUGCAUUUAGUGUUUGACUUGUUCAAUGAAAUAGAUAAAUCCGUUAACGGUGCAUGAGCUAUUGGCAUUAAAUGUGGCUGCAAUGAAAAUGUUAAUGGCAAAUUCCAAAAACUGUUCGCUUUUUAAAAUUGGUAUACUUAAAUGGCAUUAUUGAUACUGCCACGCCAGUCAAAAAAUAUUAUUAGCUAAUUAUCUUUCCAUUUUAAUUAAAUUAAACUAAUUAAUAUGCAAAAAUAUUACUUUUCUAUUUUCUUAAAAUAUAUUGGAAAGCAAACUCCAAUAAUUUAAUGAAUCCAAUAAUUUGAUGAUACAUUAUCUUCGAGGAUGAAGAUAAUGUAUUUAAUUCUUGGUUUCGGUAUCCAUUUCAGAACAGUAACUGUUUUUGCAUCGAUUAUUUAUCAAAAUAAUUAUCCUGCACGAUGACCUGGCGAAUUAUCCAGGAUAAUCCAGAGGCCAAAGCAUACAAGGGAAUUUAAAUCAUGGGUGCUAAAGCCUUAUUCUCAGUUAAAUAUUCACUGGUAUGCCUCAAGUAAACACAGACCAGUAUAACCAUUGAAAUUUUCAUGCUCAUGAGCUUCAAACCUUUUAUGAAUAGGUGUUUCAUUUAUAUGGACUUUAGAUAGAGCCCGUUGUUUCUCAUCAUGUCUACUGCACUGAAAAAAAACUUUUCUUUUGAGUUAUUGUCCAGCGAAAGGCUUGGAAGGUAAACAAAGUUUCACCAACAAUUUUGAUGAAUUCUUUUAAUUAUUCUGGAAUAUAAACUUUUUAAAGUUUAUAAGAUAUAAAUUUAAUCAAUUGCAAAAUAUUUUAUUCCAUCUCCUUAACAGUAUCUGAUCUAUAAUUAUUCCAAAAAACGUAAUUUGCCUUUGAUUCCAUUUGUUUAAUUUUUUUUAAUAUCUCAAAAAAAUGUCAACCAUCUAAAAUGGCAUAACUUCAAUUUAAAAAAUUUGGAAUUGAAUUUACUAUAUUUUGAUCUCAAAAACAAUUUUUUUAACAACGAAACCUGAUUUUAUUUAAAGAUUUUUUUAACGAAAAACGGCAGAAAAUUAUCUUAUCAAUAAUUGUCAUUAAAAGCAUAAAAUAUUAUUCAUGGAAAGUUAAAAUAGAAUAUCAUAAUUCGGAUUUUUUUUGUUUGUUUCUUUUGAAAAACUGGAUCUAUUCUUAAACCACACACACACACAAAAAAAAAAUAUUGGAACAGUGAAUCUAAAUGUUCUUUCAAUGACGAUGUAUUUUUUGAAGAAGUCUAGACAUUCGUUGCGUUUCUUGAGCAGGAACUUAGAUUUUAAAUUUAAAAUAGCGAUGUAAGCGAUUCUCAAAAAAAUUCCAUUAUUCUAUCAUGAAAUAUGAAGUUCAGAGAAGGAACAUUAAAAUACUUUCAUAUUUCCAUGAUCCUUGUAAAAGUUCUUCAAUUCCGUUUUGCUAACUUGGUGUUCCGAAAAAUUCUUCAAAAGUACUUGAUGUUCGUUUCAAGAAAAGUCACGAACUCUCUGAAUGCCAACAGAAAUCGUUAAACUUUGCUUCAGAAGACGGAAUAAAUCUAAUACUAAGUUGCGGUUGUAGUUAAUCUCCUUUACGUGUAAAUCUAUCAUAACAUUUUUAUUUCAAAAUAAUUUUUUUUUUCAUGAAAUGCAGUUUUCAUAAACAAUCGAUAGUAUAAACGUUUUGCAUAUUUACAUAUGAAAACUAAAUUAUUUUAAAUAGCGAAAAUAAUAACAUGUUCCAAAUAAUAUUACUAAUCUAGAAGAAAUGUUCUUAAGAGAGUGGUAAUUCUGCGAAAUUAUAUUCUUCGCGAAUAUUUGUAUUAUUAUUAUCGUAAAAUAUUUUUCUGCUGCGUGUUAUUUCUUUUUUUAAAUGUUUAUUUAUUCUUUUCUUGUAGUUUAAAAACGUUUGCUAGAAUAAGCAUUUUCUUUAUGAAUAGCAUUUGAUGUUUUUUAUGCUUAUAUGAAAAUAAAUGCAAACGAUUUUAUGCAAAAAAAAGUAGUCAUAUAAAUUGGCAAUAUAUAAUCAUAAAAAUAAACAUUUGAUGGUCGAAUAAAUAAUGAAAUCAUAUUUUAAAUGAUGAUUAAUUUUUUUUCUCAUUUCUAAAGAAUAAAUAAUAUUUAUAUUAUAUACUCUUUACAGAUCAGUAUACUGUAAAAAAAUCAAUUUAUUUUGAAAUUUUUAAACUUUGUGAAUGAAACUUUUGAGCCUUUCUUCCUGACAUAUUCUACUCAAGUAAGCAUUUGUCCAGUAUGUGAUAUACAUUCUGUAUCACACAAUUGAGCACAACGGCAAAGUAAGGAAUCAUGGACUCUUGGAAAAAAAAAAUUCUUCUCAUAAGAAUGUGUGUGUAUAUGUGUGUUCUUAAUGCAUAAACUGUGAUCGUGAAAUGUUUUUUUUCCUUUUGAGCACUGUAAAUGUAAUGUACAUGUAUAUUUUUAUGUUUCGGUCAAUUUAAGAUUAUUUUGUAAUAUAUUUGAAAAAAAAAAGCCUCUGCAAAACUGUUGUAAAUUCGAUGUUGUUUGCACAGGCUAGUAGGUAAAAUUUAAAUGGAGUGAAAAUUUAACGCAUUCUUUCAAUCUCGCUGCUGUUGCUGCUGUUAUUUGAUUUUACUGAUUAUGUUUUUAAAAUUAGAUAUUGAUUUAUAGUGGCUUUAUCAUGAAGUCAAAUUUUCUGCCAUUGAUUUCGUUAGACAAUGUUAAUAUUUCAUAGAUUAUUGAACUCAUUUCAUGAACCAUUCAAUAAUUAUUAUUGAUUGCUUAAAAAUACAGCCAAUAUUCUUCAAAAAAAGAAUGUUAUCUUUUUUUUAAUUUCAUUUUUAAAAUUAAACCGGUAAUAUUCUCCAAAAAAAGAAUGUUAUCAUUUUUUUUCUUUCAUUUUUAGAAUUAAACCGCUAAUAUUCUUCAAAAAAAGAAAGUUUUUUUUUCUUGGAUUUUUAUAAAUAGAUCCAUAUACAAAACAUAUUUUUCAAAAUUUAAAAAAAAAAAUUUUGAAACGACAAAGAAAAUUUUCUCCGAUUAUUGAGGUUUUGCCCUCAAAUAAUAAAAAGCAUGGCUAAUAAAAUGGAGAACUUCAUAUUCAAUAAAUUUUGUUUUUCUGGUUAAUAAUUAUUUAAACUUUUUUUAAAAAAAUUCUCAUACGUAACAGUAAUUUUCUAUUCAUAAAUUAAUAUAAAGGAGUGUUUUCUUUUCUUUGAAAUUAACUUUGCCAUUUAGAAGUAUCAUGUAUUUUAAAUUUCUUCUGGAAAAAGUCAUAUAAAUAUAUUCAUGAUUUAAUUCUCUUUAAAUCUGGAAUUGUAUUAUAGUUAUAAUUUGAUAUAAUAACAUUUGUGAAAGCAGUUCAGCGAAGGUUUGAAAGAAUUUGUACAUAAAGCUUUGACCAUCUAAGUGCUGAUAAAUAACUGCUGUGAGAUUGUACAGGACGAAUGUUUUCAUAAAACAAAUUGUGAUUUAUUUCACCAUUGAUGUGGUGGGUUUCGCUAUAUAUUUAUAUAGCGAGCCAAGUACUUAUGUAUUAUAAAAAACUAAAUUAACUGAGGUGAAAAAUUAUUUAUAUCAGUUGUCUUGUAAAUGUGUGCUGUCCAUAGUCGAUUUUCUAAUAUUCACAACGCUCACGAAAUUUAAUGAACAAAUAAUGCACGUUUUGCACUGUAAUUUUUAGCAAAACCAACAAAUCACGUUUUAUAUCUAAAAA